GUGUGGACAUGUCCGCCAUGUUUGUCCCGGUGCUGGAGAUGAGCGGACCGGGUCCCGCCGGGUCCGGGUCCUGCAGCGGACGGUCCUGACGGAGCAGACGGACUGGGAGCGGAGCGGGUCGUGUCCGGUAGCGGGUCGGUUCUGUUUGUUAAAAGCAUGAGUAAACUGUCGUUCCGGGCCCGGGCGCUGGACGCCGCCAAGCCGCUGCCGGUGUACCGGAGCCGGGAGCUGCCGGAGCUGGGAGCCUGCCUGGCCAUCAGCCGGGCCGUGCCGGCCCUGCCCAGCGGGAUGGAGAGGGAAGAGGAGCUGGAGCACCACCUCCAGAGGGUGAUGUCUGCUCAGCAGGCGUUCAGGGAGAAGGAGGCGAACAUGGUGAUCCCGGUCCCUGAAGCAGAGACCAACACCACCUACUACGACCGCCUGUACCGAGGAGAGGUUCGGGUCCCCAAACAGCUGAUCCACAUCCAGCCUCUGGGUCUGGACCCGGAGCAGCCAGACUAUGACAUGGACUCGGAGGACGAGUCACUGCUCAACAGACUGAACAGGAAGAUGGAGAUCAAACCGCUGCAGUUUGAGACCAUGGUGGACCGGCUGGAGAAGGCCAGCACACACCAGUUGGUGUCCCUGGCGGAGGCGAAGCUGCUGCUGAACGAGGACGACUACCUGCUGAAGUCUGCGUAUGAUUACUGGCUGAGGAAGAGGAAGAACUGCCGGGCGGCGUCGCUGAUUCCUCAGGUCAAACAGGAGAAGAGAGACGGGUCGACCAACAACGACGCGUACGUGGCGUUCAGACGGAGAACGGAGAAGAUGCAAACCAGGAAGAAUCGUAAGAACGACGAGGCGUCCUACGAGAAGAUGCUGCGGCUGCGCAGAGAGUUCAGUCGCACCGUCACCAUCCUGGAGAUGAUCAAGAGGAGAGAGAAGUCCAAGAGGGAGCUGCUGCACCUCACGCUGGAGGUGGUGGAGAGGAGGUGUGGUGAUGUGUUCAGGUACCAGAUGGAGGACUUCAGUGGAGACGCUCUCAGAACCGUCUCACUCCCUCUGCUGGACAAACAGCUGCACUGCAGCGCUGCAGCCGCCAGCAGACACAAACCUGACGUCAGCAGCAAGAUGCAGAAUAAGAAGCAGCUCUCCGUCAGGGAGGAGCUUCCCUUCGACCUGCUCAGACCAAAGAAGAACGUGAGACGGGACAGACUGUAUCCUCCCCAGAGAUGUCCCGCUCGUCCCCCUGGUCCCUUCACCGUCAACAAGGCCGAUAUCAAACAGUACGACUUCCACAGCUCCGGAGAGGACGACGGGCCUCUGCUGCCCCCGCUGUCUCCUCCAUCUUCACCUGAUGAUGAAGAAAAUCAUCCUGAUGGAGUUUUUGACUUCAGGAGAAAAGCUGGAUGCCAAUAUUUCUCUCCUCGUACGGAGGAGACGGGCGGACUGGAUCUGGUCCCUCCGUGUCUCCGGCACUCUCUGGCUCAGCUGACGCUGCCUCCUUAUUGGACGGGACUGAGCCGGCGGCGGAUUGGACGAGGGGGACGGAUCAUCCUGGACCGAGCCUCCUCAGCUCUGGAUCCAGUACUGAAGCAGCUGGACUCUGGAACCAGAACCAGGACGAGGACCUGCAUCCUCAGUGACCCAGUAACAGCCUCCAGCUCAGGAACCAGCACCCUCUCCCUGACUCAAGUCCUGAACAACAUCCAGACCCUGAGGAGGUUCUGCUUCAGACCCAGACCACUUCAGGACCAGAGGGAGGGGGGCACCCAGACCACAGAGUCCUCUACAGAGGACAACAGACUCGCCUGUCGUCUUUCACCUGACAAUAACUCAGGGGGCAUCACAGAGGAGCAGUACCACAGUCAUCAGCAGCAGCUGGUCCAGAUGCAGAAACAACAGCUGGAACAGCUGCAGAACAACACGUCUGCUCGCAGACUCACUGCACAGUCCAGCAGGGCUGCCGAGUCCAGCUCCAAGACCCUGGACUCGGCCGGCGCUCAGUUCGCAGCCUCAGCUGUGAUUACCGCCGCUCCUCACGGUCGCAUCAACGGCGAGAACAGACAGCACAAGGCCAGCGUCAACGGAGCCCUCCACCCGAUAGGUCCCUCUAGGUCUUCAUACUCUUCAUCCUCCUCCCCUCAGUCCCUCCCCAACCAGAGGACUCAGGUGGGAGCCGUCUCCCCUGCCCACCCUCACACCGCUCGACCCUCCGCCCCCCCAACAUCUGCCUUAAAGCUCGCCACUGUCGCCACCAGCAGAGACGCUCACGAUUCAGAGAGACUUCUGAACGGACUGUCAGAGACCACGCUGCCCAUGGAGGUCACAUAACGUCCUCCUCCUCCUCCUCCUCCUCCUCCUCCUCCCCCCAUCAGCUUCUCCUCCUCCUCCUCUGACAGGUGAAUGUGACCUCCAGAAGAAGUCAUCAGAAUCGGGGGUUUAGAUUAUUAUUGAUGAUAUUGUUAUUAUUGUUAUUAUGAAUAUUUUUAUUAUUAUUACUGUUGUUGUUGUACAGUUUGUAAAUGUCUCUGAUGUAAAAUAGGUUUUGUUUGUUUUUAUUAGUUAAGUCUCAGAUUAUCAUCAUGUGACUGCAGAAUCAUCUCUGAUUGGCUCACAACUAGUCCGGUAUCUUUCCUCUGAUUGGUCCAUGGUGAGCCUGUAUCUUUGCUCUGAUUGGUUAUUUAUUUCUCAUGUUUACAUCUUGUAUUUCUUUAAAUAUCUGAACUUGAUCUCGUUUGUUUUUGUUUUCCCAAAGAUGAAAACUAAUUCACAGAUUUAAAGAUGUUUUUCAUAUUUUUUAACGUUUGAUAAAGAUUUUCAUCAUGGCCCUCUCAUCAUUUCAUCCCACAUUAAAAUAAAAUAUGCAUUGUGUAAAACCAGAUGUGGAUCUGCAGCUGCAACACAAAGUUUUUUAUAUUUUUAAACUUGUCAGAGGUGAUUCAGACUGAUGAUCAGAUGUGUGUGAACUCUUUAUAUUCAGUGUGUCGACUGGUUUACACACUCUGCUCGCUCUGUUUGUGUCAUAUAAAAUGCUGGGAAAUAAAAAUGCAUCAACACAAACUUUGUUUUAUUUUAUUUUGUAAAUAAAACAUUUUCAGCCUGAA